UUCAUUUGCUCCGAUUCUGCGCACCCAAACCAGCGUACGUAGUUUGAUCUUGCGCUGGGGCGGAGAUGAACGGUCGUAAAUAUGGCGGCGGCCUUGGAGGAAGACGAAAUCGACAAUGAUGAUUAUUAUUCUCUGUUAAACGUCCGCAGAGAGGCCACACAGGAUGAGCUCAAGGCUUCAUAUCGCCGCCUUUGCAUGCUCUACCACCCAGACAAGCACAGAGAUCCAGAGCUUAAGAGGCAGGCAGAGCAGCUUUUUAACUUGGUUCACCAGGCCUAUGAAGUACUAAGUGAUCCACAAUCUAGAGCAAUUUAUGACGUAUAUGGGAAGAGAGGGCUGGAAGUGGAAGGAUGGGAGGUGGUGGAGAGGAAAAGAACGCCAGCAGAGAUCCGUGAAGAAUAUGAGCGACUUCAAAGAGAAAGAGAGGAGAGAAGACUACAGCAAAGGACCAACCCAAAGGGCACAAUAAGUGUGGGUAUUGAUGCGACAGACCUCUUUGAUCGCUAUGAGGAGGACUAUGAAGAGAUCUCUGGUAGUGAUAGCGGUGGCGCCGGCGGCUUACCGCACAUUGAGAUCAACAAGAUGCACAUAUCCCAGUCAAUAGAGGCCCCUUUGACAACCUCAGACACAGCCAUUCUUUCUGGCUCUCUCUCCACACACAAUGGUAAUGGGGGAGGAAACAUAAACUUGGCCUUGCGACGAGUGACCUCAGCAAAGGGCUGGGGAGAAGUUGAGUUUGGGGCAGGAGACACACAUGGCCCUCUCUUCGGGUUGAAGAUUUUCCGUAACUUGACUCCACGCUGCUUCACUACGGCUCAUUGUGGCAUGCAGUUUUCAUCCCGUGGUAUACGGCCGGCUCUCACUACUAUGCUUGCACGCCACCUGGACAAAAACACUAUGGGUUAUUUACAGUGGCGCUGGGGAACUCAGUCUUCCAUGAACACCAGCAUCGUCAGGGACACCAAAAGCAGUCAUUUCACCUUUGCUGUGCAGUUGGGAAUUCCACAUACAUUUAUCAUGAUGAGCUACCAGUACAAAUUCCAGGAUGAUGAUCAGACCAAGAUCAAGGGCUCUGUCAAGUCAGGGUUUUUCGGUACCGUGGUGGAAUACGGUGCCGAGACGAAGAUCAGUCGCCACAGUGUCCUGGGUGCUACCGUCAGUGUCGGAGUACCGCAAGGCGUCUCUCUCAAGAUCAAGUUGAACCGAGCGAGCCAGACGUACUUCUUCCCCAUUCACUUAACAGACCAGCUUCUACCCAGCGCCGUUUUUUAUGCCACUGUCGGACCACUUGUGUUCUACUUGGCCAUCCAGCGGCUAGUUAUCAGACCUUACGUUCGUGCUCAGCAGGAACAGGAGCUUGAGAAGCAGCGGGAGAGCUCGGCAUCAGACAUUGCCAAGAAGAAGCAAGAGGCAGAAGCAGCUGUUAUGCUGAUGCAAGAGUCUGUGCGUAGAAUUAUCGAAGCGGAGGAGUCCAGAAUGGGUCUGAUCAUCCUCAACGCCUGGUAUGGCAAGUUUGUGACAGACAACAGCCGUAAGCAUGAAAGGGCAAGGGUCAUUGAUGUGACGGUGCCUCUACAGUGCCUGGUGAAGGACUCCAAACUCAUUCUCACAGAAGCCUCUAAGGCUGGGUUACCGGGCUUCUACGACCCCUGUGUAGGUGAGGAGAAGAGUCUGAAGAUGCUGUAUCAGUUCAGAGGCGUGAUGCACCAAGUUCUAUGUGGUGACACAGAAGCACUCAGGAUACCAAAACAAUCUCACAGGAUUGAUAAUGACAGUUAGGAACAUGUAUCUCUUGAGCUGAAAGGGACAGUUUGGACUGGUAUAGACUGAUGAGACAGAUGUUCUGGAGUAGUGCCCUGGAAACUGUGCCCUUGAAAGUCUUCAUAUACCUAUUUUUCCUUUAUUUUGUGAUGUUUUAAUAUUAUUCUACAUGAUGUCUGUUUUCAAAUUAGAACAUUUAAUUUGCUGAAUUUCCUUGAAUUCCCUUUCCCAGAAAAGUUAGACAACAUAUAUAUUUUGUGUUGGUAGGCCUUACAACCAUUUUUAAACAAAAGUCCCCUUCCUCAAAUAUGGAUCCACAACGGUGCCUGUAAUCAGCACUCAGUGGAUAGAUGUAUUUUUCUCUCAUUACAUCACAGAGAAAACAUUGCUGCUUGAUCCUACUCACUGAAUCCCACAGGAGCUGGUGUAACCCAGCUGUCAGCCUUCUUUCUGUGUCUGACUUUUUGUACCCCCAGCUUCCAAAUAAAUGAUCUUGCAAAUGUUCAGGAGGCUAAGCAUGUUCUUAGUGAAACCCUGGCUGCUUAAUCAUUUGCAUUAUUUUUUCUUUCAUCCCAAUCCCUUGAGUCUAAUAUUUGAAGGCCCACCUCUCGUACUUUACAUCUGCCAGAAGUUUAAUAGGAAUUGAUGGGGCCAAUGCACACAAUAUGCCGGUACUGUCUAUUGCAUGCUGGUUGGGGAAACAAAAUGUGAAUUGUAUAAUAAAACUCAUGUAGGGCUUGUCUCCCACCUUGUGUCCAAAGACUUGAAUAGCAGUGGAUGAAGGGAUAAUAGUGUAACCUCCUCUGUUUAUAUUUUAUGCUCAAUCUCCCUCAAUCCCUGCAUUUUAGUGCCAUAAUUAAUACAUGGAAGAUCAAAACCUCUUUGGUUGAUUUCAACUUUUUGUUGCCUUUUUGGUAUUUGGGCGCUCCAUGGUGGUUAAUGAUUCAUCUUUUAUUUGAAAGACUGGCUGUAUGGAGUCAAUUUUUUUUUUUUUUUUUUUUUUUUGGAGAAGUAUAGUUUAUAUGAAAUGUGUCCAUUCUGCACACUUGCCAUUUGAAUGAUGUAAAAAAAAAAACAAUCGCCUCAAGACAAGUAUUGGUUGUCUGUUGGCUGAAGUAUCGGUUUGUUCAAAGGCGUUUGUCAUACUUUACCUAAUGGCCUACCAUUUGCAGCAAGUAUAGACUGUCAUUUUUUAAAUAAAUCAUCAAGGAACAAUGGAAA